CUUGACGGACACAACGCGAGCAGCCAAUAGGAGGCGUCGCUUGGUCAGGCGGGGGCAGGACCGCCGUUGACAGGUGGAGAUGCUGGAGGAAUUAUCUCGAAGUGUCCGGAGCGCGAGCCGCAGAGCAGGAGACCCGUUAGCCGUUAGCCGCUAGCUGCUAGCUUCCAUCAAACCUCCCUCUCCACAACGCGGGACCUCCAGGCUCCAGUGUCCGAGGGACGCGCCUCCUCCUGCCGCCGACAUGUCGAUGCACUUGUACCAGCUGAGCAGCAAACUGCUGGAGGACACUGUGGGCAAAGUGAACGAGAACCUGACCUCGGUGCUUCUGGCUGCUUCCGUCAUCACCCUGACUCUGGGGUACGUCUCCAAGCUGCUGCUCAAACAGGCCUCUGGAAACGACCUGAAACCUCCUCCGUACAUCCCCUCCUACAUCCCCUUCCUGGGCCACGCCAUCGCGUUCGGGAAAAGUCCCAUCGAGUUUCUGGAAGAUGCCUAUGAAAAAUACGGCCCAGUCUUCAGCUUCACCAUGGUGGGGAAAACGUUCACCUACCUGCUGGGCAGCGAAGCAGCGACACUUCUGUUCAACAGCAAGAACGAGGACCUGAACGCAGAGGACGUCUACUCCCGACUGACCACCCCGGUGUUUGGCAAAGGGGUCGCCUAUGACGUGCCGAACCCUCUCUUUCUGGAACAAAAGAAGAUGUUGAAGACCGGACUGAACAUCGCUCAUUUCAAAGAACACGUGAAAAUCCUCGAGGCAGAGACCGUCGAGUAUUUCGAGAGGUGGGGGGACAGCGGAGAGAGAAACCUGUUCGAGGCUCUGGCCGAGCUGAUCAUCCUGACAGCCAGCAGCUGCCUCCACGGGAAGGAGAUCCGCAGCAUGCUGGACGAGCACGUGGCCCAGCUCUACGCCGACCUGGACGGAGGGUUCAGCCACGCUGCCUGGCUCCUGCCCGGCUGGCUGCCUCUCCCCAGCUUCAGGAGGAGGGACCGAGCUCACAAAGAGAUCAAGAACAUUUUCUUCAAAGUGAUUCAGAAACGCAGGAAGUCUGGAGAGAAGACUGACGACAUCCUUCAGACGCUCAUCGAUGCCACCUACAAAGAUGGACGGUCCCUGAACGACAAUGAGAUCUCUGGGAUGCUGAUCGGUCUGCUCCUGGCGGGGCAGCACACGUCCUCCACCACCAGCUCCUGGUUGGGUUUCUUCCUGUCCAGAGACAAGGCUCUGCAGGAGCGCUGCUACGCUGAGCAGAAGGCCGUGUGCGGAGAGGACCUGCCGCCACUGGACUUCGAUCAGCUGAAGGAUCUCAGUUUUUUGGACCGCUGUUUAAAGGAGACCCUGCGUCUGCGUCCACCCAUCAUGACCAUGAUGAGGAUGGCUCGUUCUCCUCAGACUGCUGCAGGCUACACCAUCCCUGUGGGACACCAGGUCUGCGUCUCCCCGACGGUCAACCACCGUCUGCUCGACACAUGGGCGGAGAGGAUGGAGUUCGAACCCGACCGCUACCUCAACGACAACCCUGCUGCGGGGGAGAAGUUUGCCUACGUGCCAUUUGGAGCCGGCCGUCAUCGCUGCAUCGGGGAGAACUUUGCUUACGUCCAGAUCAAAACCAUCUGGUCCAUUUUACUGCGCAUGUAUGAGUUUGACCUGGUGGACGGAUACUUCCCCACGAUCGACUACACCACAAUGAUCCACACGCCUCACAACCCCGUCAUCAGAUACAAGAGGAGAAAACCCUGAGAGACUGAGAGAAGACAGGGAGGGAGGAACGAAUCCUGAGUGUUUGAAGUGGAUCUCCGUCUUUCUGGGACUUGAUUUGAGGAAACUUUAGAUGAACACACUUCGCUCUGUCUGAAUAUCAAGCCUGUGCUUUCCUGCUUCCUUUAUUUAGAUCUGGAGUCCAUGGUUUGUCUGAAUGUUAACGUGAUACAUCAUUGUUUAGUGUUUCCAGAGCAGAAGACACCUGUUGUGUGACUCUGACUCAAACACUGAUGCUCAUAUUCACAAUGUGAAUUCUUAAAAAAAAUAAAUGCCUGUGGACUCGUUUGUCAGGAGCUGUCGAGCGGCUUUUGAUUGCAUCACAUGAUCUUCACCAGCAGGGGGAGUUUGUUCAGUUGUCAUGGAAAUGUAUUGUGAUCACACCAGAGUGCAGACACCUGAUCUGAGCCCCACGGGAACAAUGCUUGAUUCUUUUCUUUACACUACAUAUGCCUGUUAUCAGGUGAAACUUCAGGCUUGGGUCUAGUCGCAUGUAGUUUUUUUUCUGAGCUCUUGUCCAAGUCGACUUAAAGAUAGAAAAGGCUAAGAUAAAGAAACAUGAAAAAAACUGAUCUGCUGAAGAUCAUGUGAUAAGUUUGAAAGCUCCAGAAAAGCUACGAACAGAAAACUUGUGGUGCGAUUGUUUCACCAGCUUUAUUAAUCCUACUUCCUCAGACAGACCAUGAAACCCUUUACUGCUCCAAUUACACAGAAGCUCUCAAACUGAAUCACAAUGAUGCACCUUCAUGUUUUAUAUCUGCCGACGCUCUGAUCCUGCAAAUGUUUGAUGAGAAGAACUUUAGUUUAGUCUUUUUUCCACUGUAACUGAACUCUUUCAUCUGUUUGCAGUUAUUUUAGCUGAUUAGACCUCGGCUCAGGUUUAAGGCUGGUGAAUAGUCUGUAUUUCUAUAGGACAUCAUUUAUGAUCAUAUGUUAGCAAUGAUGUCCAUGAAUGUCCACGUGUUAAUGAUGCCUUCUUAAGUAAUAUUUUACUUUUUGCCUUUAUUUACUGUUUGAUCACAUAUUUGAGCUAAAAAUAUUUCUAGCUGCUUGCAAAAAACCACAUGGAAAUGGAAACCCACCAAUAAUGAAUGACUGAACUGUAACUAGAAAUGAAAUAAACAGGAUGGAGACACUAACUUCAAUCUAAUCGAACAAUGCAAAAGAUUGAGAAAUUGAAUAAAUAAAGUUUGUAAUUUGACAGAAAAA